AUGGCAAAUACAACACAAGUAGAUUAUUCUCUCAAUAAUUCAACUACCAUGUUUAAUACUGAAAGAGAGAGUCCUUAUAAAAUUGUUGAAUUCAUCGUUAUUGCCAUUGCGGCAGGAUCUUUAAGUUUCCUGACCUUUACUGGUAACAUUCUAGUUAUUAUUUCUAUCAAACGAAAUAGACAUUUGCAAACUAUUAACAACUAUUUCCUAUUAAGCUUAGCCUGUGCUGACAUGAUUCUUGGUGCAGUCUCUAUGAAUCUAUAUACAAUCUACCUGAUUUUUGGAUACUGGCCCAUGGGACCAGUGGUCUGUGAUUUAUGGUUGGCUUUAGAUCAUGUCGUUGGCAAUGCCUCUUCCAUGAAUAUUUUUAUCAUCAGCUUUGACCGUUACUCAAGUGUAACAAAUCCUUUGAGCUACCCAGUGAAGAGAACACGAAAGAUUGCAGGAAUGAUGAUUGCAAUGGCGUGGGUGGUGCCAUUCAUUGUGUGGGGUCCUUCCAUUCUCUUCUGGCAGUUCAUCGUAGGAGAGCGUACAGUUGGUGAGAGUGAGUGUUAUGUCCAGUUUCUUUCAAAUCCUGUUGUCACUCUUGGGAUUACAAUAGGUUCCUUCUUUUUCCCUGUUAUUAUUAUGGUCAUUUUCUAUGUACACAUAUCUCUUGCCAGCAAGAGAAGGAUAAAACAGGAUAUAUUGGAACAUGAUUUGGGGAAAAGCUCCUGGUUUUCCAGUCUUGUCAAGGGAAAGAUUAUGAAAUUGAAUAAUAACAAUCUAACAAAUGGUUCUGAUGGAUUGUCGCAUGAUGAAAAGCAAGCAGAAAUAAAUCGUGCUCUCACAACUGAUUAUUCUGGGCAAAGACUGCAGGAAAACCGCUGUAAUUAUUCAAAGCCACUUAGUACAUACGCAUCCAAGAAGGUGCCAGCAACCCAAAGGAUCAAAACAACCUCUCCAGCACGUAAUCAUUCCAGCAACGGAAACAUCAAAUUCUCCUGCAUAGAUAUAGUUCCAGAAUCUCAAAAUAAUGCAGAUGUCAACUCCACAAAAAGAAACGUCAAAGGCAUCAGUCAUACCAUAAAUACAAAUAACAAUAUAAAAAUGACCAGAAAAGAUGCUCAAGUUGUUGAUACGAUGAAGACUCCUGUUAAGAAAAAGGUGCCUGUGAAUCGCGAGAAGAAGGUGACCACAACAGUUCUGGCUAUACUCCUUGCAUUCAUCAUCACUUGGACCCCAUACUUCGUCAUGCUUCUCAUUAGCACUUUCUGUUCAAUAUGUGUACCAAACAUAGUCUGGAUUAUUGGAUAUUGGCUAUGUUACAUCAACUGCACCAUCAAUCCAUUCUGUUAUGCAUUGUGUAAUAGUACAUUCAAGAAAACGUUCAAACAUCUUCUGCUAUGUCAGUACAAAAGCGUUGGAGCAACAAAAUAA